ACAGCGGGACUUUGUAAUUUAUUUUGCUUAAUAUUUACGGUUUAUACUGUUGAUGUUAUUUAGUCGAUCUCAAUAAAUAAUACGGGUUUUAUACCCCAGUAUAGUGCUUCCAACAUAAGGUCCAAUCUGUCAAACCUUUCUCUUUUUCUGGACAGCUUUAUACAGUUAAUUAAUGAAUGUUAUUUGGUCAGAAAGUAAACCAUGGAGGAUCCAGAAGAAGAUUCUGGGCACAAAGUUUCACAUAAUACUGAUACAACAGCUCAUGACACAUCAUUAGAUAUAUUAGAACAACAACAAGCUAGAGAACAGGCAAGGUUACUGAAUCGGUUUCGUGAAUUACGAACAUGGCAACAGCAACAACAAGAGCAGUUGAUGAUGCAACAGCAAGUGCAGUUAGAAAUCUUGAGAGAAGAACAGCUUCGAGUACAAAACAUGCUAAAAUCCCAGAGACAACAACAGUGGGGUGCUGGAAGAGUGAAAAUUGGUACAUGUACAUAUCCUGGACUUAGUAAAUCUCCAACUAAAACAUCUCCCACAUCCAAACAACAUGGUGGUGUUUCUAAUCUAGUCAGUACCAUGGUACCACAUCAAAUGGGAUCUCAACAGCAGAAUGCUCUACCUAAACCUGUUAUAUAUGACGAUCCAACAGAAUUAGAGGGAGAUAACUACACAAAUCCAGAUUUAUUCAGCAACCCUGGAUCUAGUGAUCAACUUGAAGAUGGUGUUUAUAAUGCUUAUGACACUGGGUCAGAAAUCAGUGAUCCCUCAUCUGCUCAGAAGUUGACUCUUCAAACAUUGCUUCGAUCUGCCUCACCAGAGACACUUAAAGCUAUGCUUUCAAUGAUACCUCGUUCAAGACUUCUGGAAAGUAAUGCAGAGUUGUCUCCCCGAGGUAAAAUAAUAGAGGCAGUAAAUGGCAUCUCACCAAGGUCUAAAGCUAGGGAUAAACAUUUGGGUAUGUCACCUAAAGUGAGGGAGAUAACUCUAUCUCCUAGAGCUAGACUUAAUAAAUCUCCAUCUCCACGUUCAAGUGGAAGUGUAAUUGUUGAGUUAGAAAGAAGGGGUCUGCCUGUGAAUGGUUCUGGAGAUCAAAAUGGUCAAUAUGUGAAAGAACCAUUUCUUCAAGAAUGGGACAAGAAACUUGAUACUAUGGACCCUAAAUUACCUCAAGAUGUGAAAAGGCAUUUAUUUUGUGAUGAAGAUAAUUAUUCUGUGGAUAGUGAAAUAGUUGGGGCAUUAGAGAAAAUGAACAAUAACCAUAGAUCGAAUAGCAAACAGGCUUCUCAAGGGACAUCGGUUCAACCACACAAAUCUGAUUCACCAGAUGAAAAAGUUGAUGAUGAAACCAGUGCUGAUAAUUUUGAUCAGACCAAGCUUGAUUUUGUAAUAGAUGAUCGACCAAUCAAACCUGGUUUAGCUGGGAAGAAAACUUUUGAACAAUUGUUGGAAGAACAGUUGAAAGCAGAAGAAGUAAAAAUUUUAGCUGAAGAAGCAGAUGUGGUUGAAUCUCCAAAAGACAAGAAAAAGCCAUUUUUAAAAAGGGGUCAAGGUUUGGCAAGAUUUACAAGUAGUAAAUCUGCAAGAGAAACAAAAAAAUUAAAUAAACCAGAAACAAAACCUAAACAACCAGAAAGUAAACUGAAACAACCAGAAAGUAAACCAAAACAACCAGAAACAAAACCUAAACAGGCAGAGAAACCAGCUGCUAAAGAUGGUAAACGAAAAUAUGAGCCACCAAAUGGUCCUCUUUCAAAUACAGCAAAAUCUAACCAAGUAUCAAAGCCAGCAUGCCUUAAAUCAAAAUCCAACCAAUCAGUGCCAAAGACUGUCUCCAGCCAAUCAACAAAUCCUUUAGUUCCAUCUCAGACAUUAAAGCUAAAUCCAAGUAAAGUGUUUCCCAAACCUCAAUCUAGCUCAUCAAAACCAGUCAUCCCUCAAACAUCUAAUGCAGCGUCCAGUGUGCAACCAACAUUAAAUGCUGCUCAUGACUCAUCUGAUCCUCGAUCUCAGUCAAACACAGCCUUGUUUAAAGUUCCUGUAAUUCCUGCUCAAAACAAAGAAGUGACAUCAUCUGAUAAUAAAUUAGUAGAUUUUGAUCCAUUUGAUGAUGAUUCAUCGUUUGCUGCUGGUGUGAGAGAAAGAAUAGCUAAUGAAGGGAAAGAACAAGAAGAAUUGGAUGAAUUUGAAUUAUUAGAAGAUUUUGCUGACAAUGCUUCAUUUUGUUCUAAUUCUUCUAUUGUUUCUAAAUUAUUACAAGCAGAUCAGAAGAAACAGAGUGGGGAACCAUUAAUAGGAUUGAAAACUAUCUUAGAAGCUCGGAAACAACAGAUAGAAAAUGCAAAACCGCCCGAAGAACCAAAAGUUAUAGUUGAAGAAAAAGAUGAUACAUUAGUUGAAGAAAAUGUGGGAGAGUUAUCUUCAGAUACAUUAACAGAUUCUGAUUCAUCUAUUAGCUCAGACAGUGAACUAAACGAAGCAGAUAUCAAAUUUUUAACUGCCAAAUUAAUGCAAAAACAAAAUGGCCCCUUUGUAGACAGUAAUGGAUAUUCUUCAACAAAGUCUGACGAAAUUACGAACAGUGACUCUAAUGUUAAUCCCAUUCAAUCAAAAUCUUUAACACGAAAAAUUGCAUCGAGGGAUGGUUUUUCAUCCAGUACAAAUGCUUCAGUUUCAUCCUCUACAGCGGACAUGAGGUCAUUACUACAACGAUUAACAGCUUCUAAGGGACCACAUAUUAAUACAUUGUUACAAAAAGAGAGUUCUCAGUCAGUGCCGGAGGGAGGGAAACAAUUUGUGUCCAGUGAUUAUGAAGAUGGAGAGAGAGAAAAGGAAAAAGAAAGUUCUGAAGAUGAGAGUGAAGAAUCUACAAGUGAAGAAAGUGAUGAUGAAAAGAAGGAUGAUAAUAAAGAAGAAUAUGUCAAUGAUUUUGAUGAUGAAGAAGAAUGGAUUGAAAAUGCACCUAAAGCAAAAAAUAAAGCAAGUGAGAAUAAUAAAGAGAAUGGUGUAUCUUCUACACCACCUACAUCACGCCUUGUAGCUAGGUUGUUUCCUAGUUUAAAUCAAGAACCAGCAGAUAAACUAAAAAAACAACAGGAGGCUGAAAAACUACAAGCUACAAAGACAACAGAUGGAAUUCAGUCUAAAAUUCUACGUGAUAAACUUGCAGAAUUAGAAAAAGAAAUUGAAAGAUUUCGUAAUGAAAAUGCUGUUUUAGAUAAAUUACGCAAAGAGCGAGAGGAGGGUUUAUCAAAGUUAAAGAAAGAAAUUCUUGAUUUUGAAAAAGAGAAAUCUGAUGAGUUAAGUAGACUGGAAGAAUUUAAAAAUCAAGAAAUGAAAAAAUUAAAACAUGAACGUAAAAUGUUUGAGAAAUAUCAGAAAACAAUUAGAUCUAUGCCUGAUAAAAAAGAUAGAGAUGAAAUAGACAUGUUGAAAAACCAGUUAAAUGAAUUACAAGAAGAAAUGAAGAGAAAAGAAGGAAGAUGGACAGCUAGUCAGUCACGUUUCAAAGAUAAACUAGAAUUAGUUGAAUUGGAAAAUAAAGAAUUAAAAGAAGAAAUCAAAUUACUGGAGAAAAAACGUAUUGAAUGGAUGCAGAAAGAAGCAACUAGUCAAAAGAUUCAAGUUAAUGGUCAUCAAUCUUACCCUAGAAGUUCUACACCAACACAAGAAACAGAACAAGAAAAACCUAAUGUUAAUAAUAAUCAUAUUUCACCACCUAGAAGUCAGCCACCACCACAGAAGAAGGGUAUAAUUAAUCAGAUGAAGUUUCAUACAGCGAGUAAAUCACUGAGUUUAACCACAGAUUCUAUACCUAAUCUACAGUUCUCUACAACAGAUCCACAACCUAGAGUUCAACCAACUAAAAUAACCAAAUCGGUAGAUAGCACAGUAUCUACUAGUAGUUCAACAUCAAAUUUAUCUAGAAAAUUGGCUACAAAAGUUCUUUCUGAUCAUCCUACUAUAGAUAAAGGCAAUAAACAGUUUGAAGAAUCACAACAUGUUGAUGGAAAGAUAGAGAGAAUAUAUAAGAAUGGAGCUAGAGAGAUAUUGUUUGCUAAUGGAACUCGUAAAGAAAUAUCAUCUGAUGGACAAUCAAUUGUUGUUGCAUUUUUCAACGGUGAUAUCAAACAAAUAUUUCCUGAUAAAAGAGUUGUGUAUUACUACGCUGAUGCCCAAACAUCUCACACAACUUAUCCUGACAGUCUGGAAGUUUUACAAUUUCAAAAUGGUCAAAUUGAAAAACAUUACCCUGAUGGAACAAAAGAAAUAACUUUUCCGGACCAGACAGUGAAGUAUUUAUUUCCAAAUGGAUCGGAAGAGAGCAUAUUUCCAGAUGGUACAGUGAUACGAGUGGAUACAAAUGGUGAUAAAACCAUGGAAUUUCCGAACGGUCAGCGUGAAAUACACAAUUCACAAUUUAAGAGACGAGAAUAUCCAGACGGUACAGUUAAGACAGUUUAUCCUGACGGUAGACAAGAAACAAGAUAUUCUACUGGACGUAUCAGACUAAAAGAUAAAGAUGGAAAUGUUAUAAUGGAUAGAAUAUGCUAGAAAAAGUCUUGAAUAAAAAACAGUUAGUGAUGGUGUAUAUAAUACUGUGAUAUCGUGCCUUGACUUAAAGAAAGACAACUUUGACUUGUAAAACAUAAAUCAGGACUACUUAUUGUCAUGUCACAAUUAAAGUCUGUGAUUAGAUGUUGUAGUUCUGUUUAUUGGAGAAACAUGUUGAAUAUUUCAAAUCGAUAGCCUGCGGAUGUAAUGUUUAGUGAAUAUUGGAUAAUUUUGCACUUGUAAAUAUAAGUUUUAGGGAACAAAGGCCUUAAGCAAAAGAUUCCUUGUGCCAAGAUCCAACUUCUUUUAUUUUUAAAGAUUAUCAUCUUUUGUGUACUCACCAGUGACAGGAAACAAAUUUUUAAGACAUUAGGUCAGUGGGAAGGCUAGCUCUGUUUGUAACUCUUCUUACUGUCCAAGGUUUGUGAUUCAGAUAUAAAUAAACAGUGAGAUUAAUGAAAUGUGUAGAUAUAAUCUGAAGGCAUCUGGGCAUAGAGUGUGGAAAAAAAAGGGGGUGGGUUACCUCAAUAUUAUAUGAGGUUGCACUAGCAUUGUGAUAACUGGGUACAUUUUUGUAUGGAUUUUGUGGAAAAAUUAUUCGUCCCAGUGCACUGGUUUUCAAGACAACAAAUGCUUUGGGUAUGCUUAAAAAUACUAUUGAUUUUCAAUAGCAGGUGUGCGUUCAUUUGGAAGUCUAUAUAGAUGAUGGUGACUCCCUAGAAAAAUGGCAAAGGAUUAAUGUUUUUGUUAUUUGAAGACUGGUUGGUGUAGGCUUACUGUUCUGUGUACAUGUAUGAGAUGUAAUUACAUCCAAUAAUGAAAAAACAUUAGAGGAAAACAUACAAAAUGUGUAUGACAAGAUUGACAGGACACAAAGGAGACAGAACCGUCUAUAAAAUAAAUGUGUGGAACAAGAUCAUCAAGAUACAAAGGAGACAGAACCAUAUCAUAUAAAUGGAUAAUUUCUAGUAACAAUAAAUAUGUGUAGAAACAGAAUGUAUAUACAUUUUAAUUUAUGACAGAUCGAUAGUGGAAAGAAAAAUUUGCUAUUUUGAUUGCAGAAAAGUAAAUACAUGUACAUAUAAGCUACAUAAUUGAAAGUUAAUUUGAAAAUUGAUUUAACCACAAGUGAAUGGCUGCAAGAUCUAGAAUAUUAUUUGGCUAAUUAUAAUUGUUAUAAGUUAAGUCAAAAUCAUUUACAAACUGCUAUGAAACAUAUGAAAUUUACUCCAUUUUAAAUAACAUCAUAUAAGGUUAUAUGGAUUGCAACUAUGAUCUUCUAGAUAUUUAUAGUGUGUUUAAUGUUGUAUGGUUGAAUUGUAUACUAACAGUCUAGUAGAUAAGAUCUGGUGAGGUGUGAUAUUUGGAAUGAAAUGUUUGCUACUUUAAUAAGCUUUAUUAAUACAUUCCUUUGAUGGAUUUUUGCUUUUUUACUACAAAAAUUUCAAUGUCAAUGAUAAGUAAUAUUAAAGUACCUGAUUCUGAUCAUUCAUGUUUUGGACAAUUAUCUAAUUUCACAUGUUCGCAAUGCAUAUUUGUAUAAGAAAAUUAUUAUAUCAUUUCAUUUGGAUAUGUGGUCUAUAGAAAACUGUCAUGAAAUGAUCUAUAUUGUUUAUUUUCAUUGCUCAAGAAAUUUUAGUUUAUAUAAACAGAAAUCAAAUAUUAAAGAUACAUUAUGGGAGAUUGGAUAAAGAGCUGACAGUUCUCACUAUAAUAGUUAAAAACUAGAUAAUGUAUUGGAAAUUUGCUGAAAAUUUCAGUCAAAUUGAUUCACCCCGAACCAAGAUUUUAGCGAUUGAAUUUUCGGCUUAGCCUCAAUCAUCAUUAUUAAAGUCGGUACGAUAAAAAACAUAGUCUUGAUGAUCCAUUUCAUGAUUAAAUCAAGAAUGAAAGUGGAGCAGCAAAUGGUAUCCUAAUCCAGUAAACAUCUCAGGCUAGCGUUGACAUUGAGAGUUGAUUAUGGUCUGGAUAAGUUAAUUAAUGUCUAAUUAAUAAUUUAGAUAACAUUUCAGGCCGAAAGAAAGACCUGCAAUAGGCAGAUUUAGCUCUUGCAUAAUGUAUGUUUAAUAUCAUUUCACAAAUAUAAGUUUCAUAGUUCUGACAUUUUUACUUGCAUAUCAGAGAAGAAAUCCAGUGUAUACUAUUUAUAAUCAUAACUUUAUUAUUUGAAUGAAAAUAUUGGAUACCUUAUCAAUGUGCUUAAACAAUGAAUGCAAGUCAGAUAAUUCCUUGAGAAUUAAUGCACUUUUUCCAUCCUUAAUUUAUCUUGGUGCUACAAUUACCAUAGUAACAGUGUGCCAUUUUACUUUUGAAUUACAUUCAAGCCAACAAUUGUUUAUAUUGAUACAAAUACAAAUCCAUGACAAAAUAUUAAAAUUUAAUAUAUGAAUUAGUCUAAGCAAUAUGAAACAAAUUAAUAUAUAUUUAAAUAAAUUCGUAUAAUGUGAAAUGAAUUACACAUUUAACUGUAACAGAGUAAUUCAGAUAAUACAUUAGAUGGAUGAUGUUAAUAUGCCCUAGUCGCUUACAACAAACCCUCGUGUAGAUUCAUUUAAUUUAUUAUUAACGCAAAUAUAUGAAAAGGCUUCAACAAAAAUAAGUGUUAGUUUGUGAUUUACUAUUUAACCAUGUUUGGUUUGUUAAAUAUAAAUUCACCAAAACAAAUGUGCCUUUAUGUAUGUUUUAUAUCUCCAUGCAAAUAAAUUUGUAAGUGAAAAAAAAUCCUGACAACCUAUAACAAAUAUGCUACAAAAACUUCACGAUGAGAUAGCAUUGAUUUUCACUGCCCUGUAAAAUUGUUGAUAUGGCCAUUUAUGUUUUGGAAUAAUUCCAUUACUUUUAGAUAUCUUUAUAUUGUGGCUUAUUUACGACCGUCCAACUUCUCAAGACAUCUAUGUUCGGAUAACAAAAAUAUUCUGUAUACAUGUAUGUAUUUUUCAUAGGAGUCUGUUAGUUAAUCAGAGCUUUUCACUGAAUGCUUAUUGCCAUUAUUUUAUACAGAGAUGUGCAGCCAUACAUUUUACCAUAAACAUUUAAUUUAUUGUUUCAUUUUGAUCAAUCAAACACCAUUUAAUCAUUAGUUAGUUUGAUUAUAUUUUUAGAUUAUUUUCCUUCAAGGUCACAAAUCAUUUUAAUUGUAAAUAUUUCCGUAUUUAUGUUCCAAAAAAUAUAUGACAUGUUAAUGCUCUUUAUUACUGAUAGGAGUCUUUUUCAAUAAACCUUAAAGAUAUUUAAGAAAGCUACCUUUUCUUUGAUCAAAAGAAUCAAAUCCUAGCAGAGACUUUAGAGAUUGGCUUUUAUAAGAAUCCAUAGAACAUCAGACAAAAUUUUAGCUAUUAGGUUACAUUGUAUUUACAUGUAAUGAGAUGGUUUAAUGGAUGUAUACAAAGAUGUCCCUAUGUUAACCAAAUUAAAAAAUCAAAACAGUGUAAUUUAAAUAAAACCUGAUUAUUAUUGUUUAUUUUCAUGUUACAUGUUGUAAUUUUUAUAGUUUUUUUGUAUGAAUCUAGAUAAAGUGCUUUUAUAUGUAUGGUACAGGGCAUUAUGUCUUCCUACAUAUUUAAUUAUUGUGAAUAAAAGUUAAAAUAUUAAAAUCAAUCUAAUUUCUUGCCAUUAUUUAUGUUUACAUGUAUAUAGGGUAGAUAAUAAUGAAAAAUAAUUAACCUGCCAACUGGGACAUUAUAAGGCUGACAAGUAAGUGUGUAUUAUCAUUCAGGAUGCAGGAGAAACUUGAGGUUUUGUAUAUAAUUUGUUAGCACAAGUAGGAUAGUUAGUCCAAAUUCGAAAUGUAGCUUUAGAAAAUUAAAAUUAUCACGUUAGUCUCAAGAUAACCAAAUGUUCUGUU